AUGAUUAAUGCAGAAAACCUUGCAUCUUCGCGCUCAGUUUCUGAAAAUCCUCAACAAAUCAUCGCAAACUCUCCAACUUCUUCGUUCGUGAACCCAUUCCAUAGCCCGUAUCUAAGUUCAGACUCAUUAACAGUGUCUGGGCCUGUUUCACCAACUUCUGUCUAUCUAUCUAUCUAUCUAUCUAUCUAUAAAAAUAAUACCCGCUCGUUUUCUUCUGAUAACUUUCCCAAAACAUUUCUCCGCUCCAAAAUAUGCAGUGAAUGCUGUCUUUUUUCCACGCUUGCAUCUCUUGUCUCUUAUCCAUUCUAUUGUCUUUUUCCUCACCAUUCUGUCUUAUUUCUCUUCUUUUUUUCAUCAAUACGUCUAUCCUCUUCUGCCUCUCCUGCUGUCCUCUUCCGCCUCACCUGCUAUCUUCUUCUGCCUCACCUGCUAUCCUCCUCCGUGUCAGCUGCUAUCCUCUUCUGCCUCACCUGCUAUCCUCCUCCGCCUCACCUGCUAUCCUCCUCCGCCUCACCUGCUAUCCUCUUCCUUCUCACCUGCUAUCCUCUUCUGCCUCACCUGUUAUCCUCUUCUGCCUCACCUGCUAUCCUCCUCCGCCUUACCUGCUAUCCUCUUCGGCUGCACCUAUGA